AUUCACGAAGCGCUAGCGUCGGUUAAAUUGUGUUGCGCUCACACGUUGUUCAAUGCUUACGCUUUUAGCGUAAAGCUACUGCCCACUGUUCUCCAGGGAGCCUUUUAUCACAAGGGUUUAGGCUGGCAGCUGCUGAAAUCAUGGCCACGCGCAGGAUCACACAGGAGACCUUCGAUGCAGUGGUCAGAGAAAACAUCGAGGAGUUUGACAUGAAGGAGAGCGAAGCUUUGAAGGAGGCCAUCGAGCAGUUUGAGUCUCAGGGUGUGGAUCUCAGCUACAUUGUUAAAGCAGUGCCCAAAGUUUCUUCUGAAGAAAACACAGAGGAUCAGACCCAUGAGGUUCUUCAGGCUUUGGAGUCUAUCAAAACUGCAGUGGCUUCAUCGUCCGCAUCCGUUCUGGAGGAUCUGAUGGUCUUCACCCAGCAGUGCUCUCUCGGCUUCGCACAGCGAUACCUGGCCGCUCAAAAAGAGGCGUAUCCCGUGAUCCUCGUCUGCUGCCAGAGAGCCGCUGGAGAGAAGGAAGCCCUUUCCGUGGCUCUGGCCGCGCUCUCGGCGCUAACAGACGGCCAGCCGGAUCUCCUAGACGUGGAAGGGCGAGAGUUUCUGAUGGGCGCUUUGACGGCGCACCAGACAGACGCCGCUCUCAGCUGUCUGUGUAUCCGUGUGGUGAGACACUGCUGUGUAAAGCACGAGAACAACCGGCAGGAUCUGGUGAAGGCAGGAGUGCUCCCGCUGCUCACCGCCAGCAUCACACGACACAUCCAUCACCCUGAGGUCGUGAGGGAGGCCUGUGUCACGCUGAGGGUCAUGACCUUUGACGAUGACGUGCGUGUGCCGUUUGGACACGCCCAUGAACACGCCAAGAUGAUCGUGCUGGAGCACAACGGACUGAAAGUCAUCGUUGAAGCUGCUAAAGCUCAUCCAGAGAACGCAGCAGUGCUCAGUGAACUCUGUGGCACUCUGUCCCGUCUGGCGGUGAGAAAUGAGUUCUGUCAGGACAUCGUAGACCUCGGGGGCCUGAAGUUCAUGAUCACGCUCCUGGCUGACAGUCUGGAUUGUCCGGUGAGCUGCAGGAUCAGUGAGAGCUUCAGCAUCGUCUCCUGUGAACACAAACCAAUGUCUUGUUGUUGUGAUGCGUCUGUCUUCCAGGAGCUUGUGAAGCAGGUGCUCAGUGCAUUGAAGGCCAUCGCAGGAAACGAUGAUGUCAAAGAUGCCAUAGUGAAUGCUGGAGGGGCGGAGCUUAUCGUCAUGGCGAUGAACCGUCACAUGGCCAAUGCACAGGUGUGUGAGCAGGGAUCUGCAGCGCUCUGUGUCAUCGCUCUACGUAAACCCAACAACUGUAAAGUCAUCGUGGAGUGUGGCGGAGCGCUGGCGGCCCUGCAGGCCAUGAAGACUCAUCCGGCUGAAGUUAAUGUGCAGAAACAGUCGUGCAUGCUGCUGAGGAACCUGGUGGCCCGCACACGUGACUUCAGCCAGCUCAUCCUGGAGAUGGGAGCCGAGGCGCUGAUCUCGCAGGCUCUGGCGACUCACAGAGACUGUGGAGACGUGGGUCGAGCCGCCCUCAGAGACCUCGGCUGCCAGGUGGAGCUGCGAGAACUCUGGACGGGCAAGAAGGGAAGCCUGAGUCGCUGAUCGCUGUUGCCAAACUCAAAACAAUCAUGAUAUAAUCAUUCGACAGCAUGUCUUGUGGAGACUGUGGAGCUCAUACUAAAUA